CAUACAGUCGAGCAAAGUGAAAAAAUGAAGAGAACUUUGAGCUACCUGCUUGUGUCUGCAUUCCUUUUAGUGUGUGUGACAGUAUAUGGUGGAGAUCCUACCGAUGGAUUCACCCCUGUUCCUCUGACAGAAGCAAAUUUUGCGAUCCAAAAGCCAUAUGACAUUCCAUUAGCAAGGUAUAGCUUCAAAGAUGGAGUCCAUCGCAUGUGGGUCUAUGCUAAUGAUAAGCCUCAUGACCCUGGCAGCCAUACUCAGCCACGCACAGAAAUUCGCAUCGAAGGGCUUGACUACCACUCUGGGGUUUGGCAAUUUGAAGGGUAUGGUUUUGUACCAAAUGGAACAUCCGGAGCUACAGUGGCACAGAUCCACGGUGCAUCCCAUGGUGCUACCACAGCAAUACUGAGAAUAUAUGAUGGGAAUAUGAGGUUCUACAAUGGAGACUUGAUAGCUAAGAAUCUCUAUGAUAAGUGGUUCAGGCUUAACCUAAUCCAUGAUGUGAAUGGAGGGAUUGUGACUGUGUUUAUUGAUGGAGAAAAGAAGUAUCAAACGAAGGAUCAAGGUCCAGGUGACUUGUACUUCAAAUGUGGGGUCUAUGCUGCUCCUGCUCAUAUAAGCUAUUACAUGGAAUCAAGGUGGAGAGACAUAAAAAUAUAUAAGAAGUGAUAACU